GCUAAGGCUGAGAUCCUGAGGAACCCAGCUGGAGAAUGCCGUCUGAACGCUGCCUGAGUAUUCAAGAAAUGCUGACGGGCCAGAGGCUCUGCCACUCGGAAUCUCACAAUGAUAGCGUCCUGGCCGCGCUGAAUCAGCAGAGAAGUGACGGCAUCCUCUGCGACAUCACCCUAAUUGCUGAGGAACAGAAAUUCCAUGCUCACAAGGCAGUCCUAGCAGCAUGCAGCGACUAUUUCCGGGCAAUGUUCAGUCUCUGUAUGGUGGAAAGUGGAGCCGACGAGGUGAAUUUACACGGUGUGACCAGCCUUGGCUUGAAGCAGGCUCUGGAGUUUGCAUACACAGGCCAGAUUUUGUUGGAGCCGGGUGUGAUCCAGGAUGUGCUAGCAGCUGGCAGUCACCUACAACUGUUGGAGCUUCUCAAUUUAUGUUCCCACUAUCUCAUCCAGGAAUUAAAUAGCUUUAAUUACUUGGAUCUGUACAGACUUGCUGACCUCUUUAACCUCACUUUGCUGGAGAAGGCAGUGAUCGAUUUCUUAGUGAAACAUCUCUCUGAGCUCCUGAAGAGUCGCCCAGAAGACGUUCUAACGCUUCCUUAUUGUCUGCUCCAGGAGGUUCUGAAGAGCGACCGCCUGACCUCCCUGAGUGAAGCGCAGAUCUGGCAGCUAGCCGUGAGGUGGCUGGAACACAACUGCCAUUACCAGUACAUGGAUGAGCUCCUGCAGUACAUCCGCUUCGGCCUGAUGGAUGUGGACACUCUCCAUACAGUUGCCCUGUCCCACCCCCUCGUCCAGGCAAGCGAAACUGCAACCGCUCUUGUCAAUGAGGCCCUGGAAUACCACCAGAGCAUCUAUGCACAGCCCGUUUGGCAAACUUGCAGGACCAAACCGCGCUUCCAGUCAGACACUCUGUAUAUCAUUGGCGGGAAAAAGCGUGAGGUCUGUAAAGUCAAGGAACUUCGGUACUUCAAUCCUGUUGACCAGGAGAAUGCUCUCAUAGCUGCCAUUGCCAACUGGAGUGAGCUGGCUCCCAUGCCCGUGGGAAGGAGCCAUCACUGUGUGGCAGUCAUGGGGGACUUUCUGUUUGUAGCAGGCGGAGAAGUUGAGCACGCUAGCGGCCGGACAUGUGCCGUGAGGACUGCCUGUCGCUAUGACCCCCGCAGUAAUUCCUGGGCCGAGAUAGCACCCAUGAAAAACUGCCGGGAACAUUUUGUGCUGGGUGCCAUGGAUGAAUACCUCUAUGCGGUUGGGGGUAGAAAUGAACUGCGCCAGGUUCUGCCUACAGUUGAGCGAUAUUGCCCCAAGAAGAACAAAUGGACUUUUGUGCAGUCCUUUGACCGAUCCCUUUCAUGCCAUGCUGGAUAUGUGGCCGAUGGUCUUCUUUGGAUAUCAGGUGGGGUAACUAACACAGCCCAGUAUCAGAACAGACUAAUGGUGUAUGAACCUAACCAGAAUAAAUGGAUAAGCCGCAGCCCUAUGCUGCAGAGAAGGGUCUACCAUUCCAUGGCUGCUGUUCAAAGAAAGCUUUAUGUUCUUGGAGGCAAUGACUUGGACUACAAUAAUGACCGGAUCCUUGUGCGGCAUAUAGAUUCUUACGACAUAGACACUGACCAGUGGACGCGUUGUAAUUUCAACCUGUUGACUGGCCAAAAUGAAUCUGGAGUUGCUGUCCAUAAUGAGAGAAUAUAUUUAGUUGGUGGAUAUUCGAUUUGGACAAAUGAGCCUCUGGCUUGUAUCCAGGUAGUGGAUGUAAGUAGAGAAGGCAAAGAAGAAGUAUUCUAUGGGCCUACACUCCCUUUUGCUUCCAAUGGAAUAGCUGCAUGCUUUCUUCCAGCUCCAUAUUUCACAUGCCCUAACCUUCAGACUCUUCAAGUGCCUCAUCACAGAAUUGGGACCAUCUGAAAGGCAAUGCUUUGUUAAUAACUAUCCUGAACAGAAGAAAAGUUUCAUUUUUGGAUAUUGAGCAUGAAAAGACUCAGUGCUCAAUUGCUUCCUUGUUUUGUUUUAUAUGUCUUAUAUUCAGAUAAACAUUAGCAAAAAAUGAACAGUUUUCUAAAACACAUUACUGAAAACUCGUGUCACCCUUCUCUUUGUGGGUCAAUAUACAAUAUAUAUGACUUUUACUGUGGUGUAGCUUAGUACCAACUUAAUGGUCCAUAAUUGUUCCAUGGGUCUUUAGAGCCUUCGUGUAUACUUUUUCUAAAUCAGUGCUGUCUAGGAAAACAGGACAAUGUUAGUAAGGAAUUUAUUUCACAAGUACUGUCCUCAGUGGUCUU